CUAGUGGAGACACACCCAAAGAGACGUUUCACCUUUUUCAUAACAAUGAAAUCAGCUCCACCCAUAACACAAGUAAAUGAAAGUGAAAGUUUUUUGUUGUUGAUCGGUGUGGAGACGGGAUCAAGAACACAACUUAAGACGUUUUCAAGUGGAAGAACUUAAAGUUAGGUGAGUCUCUAAAUUACAAACAACCUGGAAUCAAACCACAGAAAUGGCUGAGAAGCUUUUUCAAAAUUUCCUGAGCUGCCAUGUGUGUUCAGAGACUUUCAAAGACCCCGUGUCUCUGAGCUGCAACCACAACUUCUGUUCAAGCUGCCUGCAGAAAUUCUGGGAACAAGCUGGAAACAAAAAUUGUCCUAUUUGUAAAAGAAAAUCCUCAAAAGAAGAUCUUGAUGUGAAUUUUACCCUGAAGGAACUGGCUGACUCCUUUGCCAAGAGACAGAGUCAGAGUUCAGCUAUAACUGAUAAAGAAAAGGAGAUAAAGAAGGAGGAGGAGGUGUGUGUUGAACACUCAGAAGUGUCUUAUUUGUUCUGUGAGGAUGAGCAGAAAGCUGUGUGUCCCGUCUGUAAGAUUUCUCUCCACCAGACUCACAAAGUGGUUCCGCUAAAACAAGCAGUCAGUGGCUUGAAGGAGCAGCUGGAAUCUGAUUUAAAGCAUCUACAGGACAAGAGAGACAACUACAAAAAAGUGGAGACCACUUACAAUAAGAUGAUUCAACACUCCAAGAACCAGCUGCUGUUCACAGAAAACAAGAUCAGAGUUGAGUUCAACAAACUCCACCAGUUCCUGAAAGAGGAAGAGGAGUCCAGACUGGCAGCUCUGAAGAAGGAAGGGGAGCAGAAAGAGGAGAUUAUCAGCAGAGAGAUGAAGAGGAUUCAGGAGCAGAUCUCCUCUCUGUCAGACAGUAUCUCUGCUGUAAAACAAGAGCUGGAGAAAGACAACGUGCGGUUCCUCAGCAGUUAUAAACCCACUCAGAUCAGAGCCAGAGCUCAGUGCUCACACUCAGAUCCACAGCUGGUCUCAGGAGUCCUGAUAGAUGUGGCCAAACACCUGGGCAACCUGGCCUUCAGAGUCUGGAAGAAGAUGGAGGAGAAGGUCCACUUCAGUCUUGUCAUUCUGGACCCAAACACUGCAAACCCCCGGCUCUAUCUGUCUGAUGAUCUGACCAGUGUGAGACGUGGAGACACAGACCAGGAUCUCCCUGACAAUCCAGAGAGAUUCGCUAAUUAUAAUGAAGUUCUUGGAUCUGAGGGCUUCAGCUCAGGCAAACACAGCUGGGAGGUGGAGGUGGGGGAUCAUCAUGAAUGGAUUAUAGGUUUAGUCAAAGAGACAGUUGGCAAGAAUGAACCUAAGUCCUCACCAGAAAAUGGAUUCUGGUGUUUAAAACAUCAUGGUGGAAAAUACACUAAUGGUGAUGACAAGACUGUGACAGUGAAGAAGAGUCUCCAGAGGAUCAGGGUCCAGCUGGACUAUGAGAGUGGACAGGUGUCCUUCUACAACUCUGAAGACCAGACUGAAAUCUACACCCACAGAGACACCUUCACUGAGAAACUCUUCCCAUAUUUUUAUGUCAAAAAAGCUGUUGAUGCCAAAACCACUGACAUCAAAAUUUGUCAAAGUGACAGUAAUGUUAAUUAAUUCAGGUUUAUUACACACUUAACUGUAUGUUUUUCAUGUACAACAUUGAUAAUACUUAAAGUUAUUCAAUAUCUGGAGCUGAUGAGUACAUUGUCACUUUUGAAAGGUUUUAAAAACUACAUCCUGACAUGAUUUUAAUUCAAUGUUUUGUUGUUAGUUUGUCGAUAAGAUCAGAAGAAACAACUGUUCAGUUUAAGAUGUGUAAAGACAGUCAGAGGGAAGAAACCUUGAGUAGUGAGUAAAGGAUGCAUGUAGAAAUGAAUCUUGAUUUAAAUACAAGACAUGACUGAAUAUAUGAGAUGCAUGUCAUUCAUUCAGGUAGUGGAUCACUGCAGGUCAUGAAGACUGGACAGGUUGAUGAAUGAGAUGAAUAAUUUCUAACGAGAAGAAAUUUCACAUUAAAUCAUAUAAUAACAGAAGAGCAUUGUCUCAUUCUUAAAGAAAAAGCAGAUUGUAGUAAUUUGUUUACCGCCUGCACCUGACACAUUCUUUACAAACUUGAUCUUUAAUUGAUUUUUGUUUUUUCUAGAUAGAAUUUUAUGUGUAAAGUUUUCUUUUUAUAUUAAGUUAGACACGGUUAAUAUUUCUUGUUAAGGUUUGGUCCAAAUUACAGCCUGAUGAUUGUGUUGAUAAAGAUGUUUCAGUGAUUUUUAUCCAAUAAAAUGUCAGUUAUAGAGACAGAAUCAGUUCACAUAUGAGAAAAUGUUGAUCUUUGUGAAUGUCUGUGAAUUGUGGACGUCUGUUUCAGUGUCUGCGUGUCUUCAUUCAACAUUUGGAGCUGCUGUUUGUUCCUGUGUCUUCAUUUAAACUUCUCCUGUUAAACAACACUUCAGGAUUUAUUCUAGUUAACAGAACAAUGUCAGUGGUUUCAUGCAUAUCUUUGAUGA